AGUCAGUCAUGUCGCUGCCGCCGGAGAAGGCGUCGGAGUUGAAGCAGCUCAUCCACGCGCAGCUCAACAAGAUGGACGUCCACGGCAGGAUAAGGGAAGUCCUCGCUGAAACAAUACGUGAGGAGUUGGAACCUGAACAUCAGCAGUUAUCGGCGGAAGACUUGAUGAAAGCUCUCAGACGUCGAGGCAUCAUAGAUGAUGUAAUGAAGGAACUUACAUUUGUUAAUGAUGCUGCUGACAGAGAAGUGAUUUCCUCUCCAAAGCCAACUCAUUUUAAUGAUAGGCCGCCAACUCUAUUGAAAAAAACUAAUGUUGAUCCAACACGGAGGUAUCUUUACCUUCAGGUUUUGGGUGGAAAAGCUUUCUUGGAACACCUUCAAGAACCGGAGCCAUUACCCGGACAGAUCUGCUCUACCUUCACCUUAUGUUUACAUUUUCGAAACCAACGUUUUCGCUCUAAGCCUGUCCCAUGUGCCUGUGAACCUGAUUUUAAUGAUGGCUUUUUGCUUGAAGUACAUCGAGAAAGCCUAGGUGAUGGAACCAGAAUGGCUGAUUCAACCACAAUGUUAUCGAUUUGUGAUCCCGUGCAUAUGGUUCUAAUCAAAACCGACGUGUUUGGGGAGACCUCUCUAUUAGCUUCCUACUUUCUGGAAUGGCGAGGUGUUCUUGGUUCAGAGAAUGGCGUGACAACUGUAGCCGUGGAACUUCUGGGCAUAGGUACUGAAUCAAAAGUUUCUGUUGGAAUUUUAAAUGUAAAGCUUGAGAUGUACCCACAGUUGAAUCAUACCUUGUCCCAAGAAGUAGUAAACACUCAACUUGCUUUAGAACGCCAGAAAACUGCAGAAAGAGAACGCUUGUUUCUUGUGUAUGCCAAACAGUGGUGGAGAGAAUAUCUACAGAUCCGAUCUUCACACAACUCAAGGCUGGUAAAGAUUUUUGCACAGGAUGAAAACGGGGUGAACAGACCGGUGUGUUCAUAUGUCCGACCGCUGAGGGCCGGCCGACUGCUGGAUACUCCCAGGCAAGCGGCAAGAUUUGUUAAUGUCCUUGGUUAUGAAAGAGCCUCUGUUAUUGGAGGAGGUGGGAAACAGGAACAGUGGUGCACUCUACUGGCCUUUCUCUGUAGAAACAAGGGUGACUGUGAAGAUCAUGCUAACCUUUUAUGCAGCCUACUCCUUGGCUAUGGAUUAGAGGCCUUUGUUUGUGUGGGGACGAAAGCCAAAGGAGUUCCUCACGCGUGGGUUAUGACGUGUGGGACUGAAGGAACCAUCACCUUUUGGGAGAGUUUAACAGGACACAGGUACAUACACAAACCUGUCAAUCCUGAUGACCCUCCACUUGUUGAACAACCCAAACCGAUGUAUCCUUAUCGGACAAUAGGCUGUGUCUUCAAUCACCAGAUGUUCUUGGGAAACUGCCAGCCCUCUGAUUCAGUGGAACUCUGUGUGUUUGACCUGAAUGAUGAAUCCAAAUGGAAACCCAUGAGUGAAGAAGCAAUUAAGUCUGUGUGCGCUCCAGGGGCCACAACUUCGCUUCCUCCCUUCCCACCUUUGUGUGCUUCCAUGAUAGAUGCCGCAGUCACAAGUAAUGAACUAGAACUGCAGCUAAGAGCACUAGUGUCAGAGCACAGGAAGGAUCUUGGCCUCACUACAGUAUGGGAAGACCAGUUGUCCUAUCUUUUGUCACCAGCUUUGGCAUCUUAUGAGAUUGAACGCACAACUAGCAUAUCUGUGGGAAAUGAAGAAUUUCAGGAUGCCAUAAGGAGAGCCGUUCCUGAUGGCCACACUUUUAAAGGAUUCCCCAUCCAUUUUGUGUAUAGAAAUGCCAGGCGAGCAUUUGCUACGUGUCUUCGGUCUCCUUUCUGUGAAGAAAUAAUCUGUUGUCGGGGAGAUCAGGUGCGCCUUGCAGUUCGCGUGAGAGUGUUUACCUACCCCGAAUCUGCAUGUGCAGUUUGGAUCAUGUUUGCUUGUAAAUACCGGUCUGUUCUGUAAGAAGAAAAAAGGUCUUUAAGAAUGGUAUUUCAUCCUUUUUACAGAAAUUUUACACAUUGUACAUUACUAACCAUUCAAGGGUGUGCUGUUCCAAAAAUCACAUAAUGGCUCAGGUGUCAUUUCCUUUUGUACAUAAACCUGACUAAUAAUGUUUGCAAAUAUUGGUGUAUGUAUUUUUAAAAAUUAAGGACAAGAAAUACUUGUAUAAACUGAUGUGAAGUGUAGUAUACAU